UUAUAUUCAUUCAGGCGCAGAGCUCAGAGCACAGAACACUGUGCCAUGGCUAUGGAUGUGGAAACGAAUGAGCAAUUAGGGUUUCCGUACUGGAACUCGGUCCGACGAAGGUUCGGACCCGAGUCUGCCUUCUUUGCCUCCGGCAACAUCGAAAGGGAACUUCUCGCCAAACAGGUUGCAUUGGAUUUAACCGAAGAUGAAAAGCAUCAGCUUCAGAAUGUGGUUUCUGAGGAAGGCGGGGGAUUUUUUUGCCCAAUCGUUGGUUGCGGUACACACUUGACUUCUUUGGAGGACUUCGAAGAUCAUUACAAUGCACGACAUACUGCAUCCUGUUCAGUAUGCUCUAGAGUUUACCCAACAUCGCGCCUGCUCAGCAUACACGUAUCAGAAGCACAUGAUUCCUUCUUUCAGGCUAAAGUUGCACGUGGCUAUGCCAUGUAUGAAUGCUUGGUGGAAGGCUGUAGUUUGAAGCUCAAGAACUACAAAAGUCGACAACAACAUCUGGUGGACAAGCAUAAAUUUCCCACUUCAUUUGAGUUUUUCAAGAAGGGCCGCCUAUCUAAGAAACAGAGGCAACGCAAACAAGCUACUCAGAAGAGGGAGGGAGGUUCAUUUAUGGAAGUAGAAAAUGAAUCCAUUGAUGGACUCGUUUCUGCAGUCUCCAAAUUAAGCACUUCAGACUCCUCUCCUUCAACCAUCAGCUUUGGUCGCCGCCAUACUCGUGGAUUGACUUUCGUCCCUCGAGCAGUUCAGCGGGAAAAUAGGCCAGACUCCAAGUAAGCUGGAACAAAGAGACAGAAAGUAUGCAUUCCAACCAAAUUUUGGUUCUCUAUAAAACCCUCGCCUUCUUCCAUCAUUUCUGUUGAUGUCUCCUGCAACCAACUUUCUGUUUUGUAUCUCCUUGUAGUCUCUGACUCUCUAUGAUGUUAUAGAUGUCCCGUGAUAUGGAGACAUUGGAAGAAUCUUUUGUGUUCCUGAUUAUGUUGUAAUGAACUCUAAUCUUUUUGAGCACAUUACAAUUGAAAUUGAAAUGUAUCUCAAACACUGUUCCUUUUCAGUGUUUUGAUCUCC